AUGUCGCCCCAAACUCAUUGGAACAAUGGUGCAAUGCUGCCGAAAGAAAUCUACAAUAAUCAGCAUAAUGCCGCUUUCAAAGGAUCAAAUAUAGGCGCAUUCACCGGUAUCCCCUUGAAGGCAUCUCGCAAAUGCCGUCGUAGGUCCCAUCGGUCUUCCCGCAGGAAACGGAACGUCCGACGGUAUUCUGGACACACAAGGGGUCGUAGACAACUCGAACUUGCGACUUCUGCCGUGGAGCAAUUAGUGCACCUGGGUGUAGCUGGAACGAUUGAUAUUAUGAGUCCUACAGUUGACAAUCCUGUAGGAGAGAAGAUUGCUUCCUUAUCCGUGUCUACAGAAGCUUCUAGUGAUAAUCAAUUCGACCUAACUCCUCCUGAUUCCUCGCCAACCACCUUUUACCUCACCUUGGCCAAUUUAACACUAGAAGACGGAAAUAUCCCGAUUCAUAUCGAAGUGCCAGUCUAUGUGAAAGAAUCUGCUUCCUACGUAAUACAUUGUGCAACCUUCGACACCAGCUCGGCAAGCCCUCUCACUGCAAGAGAGUGUAUAAGGAAGGAAGAGGACGCCAAUGCUGAGGAUGGACAGUUAUUCUCUUAUACUCCAAGCACUGGCGCCAUCAGGCCACGAA